AUGAUAGCUAAAGAUAUGCUGCCUGUUAGCUUUGUGGAAGGAGAAGGCUUUCGAGAGUUGAUGAACUUUCUUGAGCCUGAAUACAGAGUUCCAUGUCGAAAAACAAUCACUAGCAGGCUGGAAAAACUUCGUGAUGAAAAUGCAAGCAUCCUACAAAGGAAAUUAGCGAAUGCCCAUAAAGUGUCCAUAACUACAGAUUCGUGGACGGCGCUGACAACGGAAUCCUAUGUCACCAUCACCUGCCAUUACAUGCUAGACUGGGAGAUGCAGAGUGCUGUUCUGCAGACCAAAGCCAUGCCCGAGAGACAUACGGCUGAGAAUCUCGCAAAUGUACUGUCUAACGCGAGGGACCACUGGGGUCUCACUGGAAAAGUCAUCGCGUGCGUGCAUGAUAACGCCAGUAACAUGGUUCUAGCCAAUUCCGACGCCGGGCUGGGGUGGGACUCGCAGCCUUGUUUUGCACACACUCUUCAACUGGCUACAAAUGAUGGUUUCAAACUGCAAAACAUAAACCACGUCGUAAAAGCUGCCAAUCGUCUGGUGUCUCACUUCCAUCAUAGCACGGUGGCAACAGAAGCUCUGAAGCAAAAGCAACAGCUCCUAAACGUGCCUGCACACAAGUUAGUGCAAAGCUGCCGGACGAGAUGGAAUUCGAUACAUGACAUGUUCGAGCGCUUGUUAGAACAGAGAUGGGCUGUGUGCGCUGUCUUGUCAGACAGAAAUGUCACCAAAUUAUUGGAUGCGCGCACCCUGGAAUUGGCCGAUGAUAGCUGGGGUGUGAUGGAGGAAAUUUUGCCUGUGCUGUACUCACUCAAAUGCGCCACCACUGCGUUAUGUGGAGAGUCGAAUGUGUCGCUCUCUAUGAUUUUUCCAGUGGUUGCAAACCUACUGUCCAAACAUCUCAAAGAACUCCCAGAAGAAUCUUCCAAAGUCACCGAUUUCAAAAAAGCAGUGUCUGCCUCAUUGAAAGAGAGCCUUGCACCUGAAAAUGCCAGCAGCGCACGCAAGGUCGCAUACAUUGCCUCAUUUUUGGAUCCCAGACACAAACACCUGAGGUUCGCAACUGACGAGGUGAGAAACACAGUGCAGGCCGAGGUGAGAAACCUUCUGUCCAUGGCAGAUGAUGAAGAGGCCGGAGAGGCGGCGGAAUCGCAUGAAGGGCCCAGCGAACCGAAACAUUCCCGAAAGGAUGGCCCAUUAACAGCAGCAAUUGCCGUCAUAUUUGGCGAGGAUUACAGCACAGAGAGGGCAACAUGCGUGACUGAAUUGACUCAGUACUGCCAGGAUACAUGCCCACCGCUCCACACUGACCCGAUGACAUGGUGGAAAGACAAUCAACAGAAAUACCCUCGCCUGGCAAAGUUGGCCAGCGCCUACCUGUGUGUGCCUGCAACGUCCGUGCCAUCGGAGCGUGUGUUCUCCGCAGCCGGUCUAAUUGUCAAUAGGCUGCGUACCCGUCUCCAUCCCGACCACGUCGACAUGUUAAUUUUUUUGAACAAAAAUAUGUCUUAA